GCAGAUUCAUCCCACCGCCGUUUGCUCUUUUUUUUCCUUCAAUUAUUUUCCUGUCCCCAUUUGUGCAAUUCUUGUCCUUAUUCUUCUGUUAUUUUCCUAUAUAUAUCCGAGUCUGGACAUUCUAAAAUUACAGCUCUAUCAUCAGCUUUAUUCAAAAAGCUUUGCAAUUUGAUUAAGAAGUUGUCCCCAUGGAAGCUUAUUCUUCUUAUGCUGCUGCCGCUGCUGCCUCGAGUUCAGAAGAAGCAAGAGCGUUGAAGGCUCCACAGGCUUCAUUUCAUGGAUCACUUCAUUCCGUGCGUAAGCCAUUGUCAAAGCCCUGGAAGAAGCCAAUUGCACCAUUUCCUCCAACACCACCAAAGGUUUACACGGUAGACCCUAUAAACUUCCGGGACUUGGUUCAACAGCUGACUGGUGCACCUCAGUUCAUGUCCCAAUCCCAUAAUCAGACCUCCACAUCUCAGUUUCAGGCUCAGCUGCCUCAGCAACAGCGUCUCCAAAGAGUGGCACCUCCCGCUCUUCACGUUGCAGCACCGCCAUUGUCUAGGACAGAAGUUUCUGCACCAUUGCAUCUCGUUUCUGGAUUAUACCACACUACAUCCCAGAACCAGAAUUUCUCAGAUAAUGCCAUGUUUACUUCGACUUCACUUGGACUGACCUUGUCACCAUCUUUGUUUAAUUGGUGCACUUUCCCCAUUCUCAGUCCCGGAACAUUGGCCAGCUUGGAGCAAAGCACUGUUCCUUAGAUCAUACAUCAAGCUAGCUAGCAUCAGUACCUAAUUACUAUAUAUCUGCUGAUAGUUUAAUUCAUGCUUAUUACUAAGAGAAUGUCUGUAAGAUUAAAACUACAUUCUUUUGUUGUUGUAGUAGUUUACAUAUGUCGUAGAAGAAGUCUUCAUCUCUUGCAUUAUAAUGUAUACUAUUUCACCCAGUCAUCAAUAAAAAGCUACCUGAUUGUUUUGGAGGAA